AUGGCCCCAGGUGGAUGGAGGCCUUGGAGGCUCAGUGGGAGGGCAGGGGAGCGCCAGCCCUGUGGGUUUUGGCGGGAAGAGCUCGACCUGCCUCUCCUCCCUUUGCAGCAGUACGCCCCGUCCGUCUUCGAGAAAUACACGACCAGCGUCACGGUGGGCAAAAAGGAGGUCACCCUGAAUUUGUACGAUACCGCAGGGCAGGAGGACUACGAUCGGCUACGACCACUUUCUUACCAGAACACAAACGUCGUGUUAAUUUGUUACGAUGUCAUGAACCCCACUAGCUAUGAUAAUGUAGCAGCUAAGUGGUAUCCUGAAGUGAAUCACUUCUGCCGAGGCGUCCCACUCGUAUUGAUUGGCUGCAAGACGGACCUUCGGAAAGACAAAGAACAGUUGCGCAAGCUCAGGGCUUCUAAGCAGGAACCCAUUACUUACAACCAGGGUGAAGCAGCUUGUCAGCAGAUUAAUGCAGAAGUUUAUCUGGAGUGCUCAGCAAAAUGUCGUGAAAACAUAGAGAAUGUUUUUAAAGAAGCAACAACCAUUGCACUGAGUGCCAUGAAAAAAGCGAAGCGCCAAAAGAAACGGACAGUGUGCUCAGUGUUAUGAUCUGGACUGCAGGAGAGCAUUGACUGCACGAGAGCAAAGCGAUGCAGAUUUUAAAAACAGUUAAAGACUUUUUUUUUUUUUUUCCCCAUGACAUGUUUGUAUUCCUAAAACUUUUAUUUUCAAAUUGUAAUUAUUAUUAUGGUUUUUUGCACUUUUGUUGCACUGCUCUUACAAAGUUUUCUAAGCUCAGUAUCGGGGUUAACCAACGUUGCGUGCCUUUGUCGGUCUGGCUUUUGCUCCUAACUGCAAAUGACCACCAGCCAGGCCUUGGAUUCAGUAUUUAAAUUGCAACAAUGACUGUUACUAUACAACUUUAUUAGUGAGGUUUUUUCCUCUGCAAAAUAAUUGUGGCAUAAUGACAAUAUACUCUCUUUUUCAAGCAGAAAAGCCACAUCUUUUAGAAGUGAUGUUAGUGCAGCUUCUCAGGCACCUUUGAAGAGACAGAAAUGAAGUUCUGUCUGAACAAUUUCCAAAUUGAUUUACUCGGUGGCAGCAGCAUUAGGAGUCAGCCUCCAGCUGCCCCCAGAGCGCGCAGACGGAGCAUCCACUACUGCCCUGCACCACUGGGACAGCUUUGCAGAGCUGCUCCUGCAGAGCCUGCUGCUGGAAUAGUAUUUAUCAAUGGAAAUGCAGUGGUCGCUCCAAUUCCGAAGUGGAAUAUCGUGGAAAAUACUGAAGUUUACAGCACUCAAAGUUAGAAGUACUCCAAGCAGCUACUACAUGUCAUGUAAAGUCAGUUUUACAGUAAACUUAAGAUAGCUUAUUUAAUACAUGGCAGGUGCAAUAGUGGUGCAUGCUAGGGGAAAGACUUAACUCAUGUUUGUGAAUUGGUGAAGUCCUCUCUACUGAUAGAAAUUAAAAUUUUCCCUUUUGUGAUGAAGGUGUCAGCUGUUUGUUUAAGGAUGAGGGAUGCUCCCACUGCACAAGCUAGUGCGUGUGCCUCCAAUCUCCUAGCUCUUCUGCACAUCCUCAGGCAGCGAGAUCUCAAGAUCUGAGGAGCAAUCACGAGCUUGCAGCCAUCAUAAGCCAAACCCUUGUCGGGGAAGGAGGUUUCUGCAGUACAGGUGUUGUCAGAAGCUUUCUGUAUAAAUUAAACUACAGCCCAGCGUAAGGGAGAAUACACAGGACUUGUGUAACGGUAACAAGACACCACCUUUGCCAAAAAGUUUAGGCAGUGGAUGCCAGGGGUCUUUUAGACAAACAUUGUGUAUAGAUCCUGGUAACCGUACGUCAUACAGAGUUCAUGCAACUUAUCCUCUGCUGGUUACAUGACCAGCUGGUGAAAAACUGUUUUGGAGCAACCCAUCAUCAUUAUUUUACAUGCAGGGUAAAGAGAUCUUGAUCCUCAAAAUCUUUUUUUUUUCUUCCCCUAACUUGUUCUCAUUUAAUUAAGGUUUGUGAAUCCCUACAAGCUUAAAAUGGAAAAUAAAAAAAAUUACAAGUUUGUGCACAUUUUUGACUCCAGAAAAAUCUUGAAGAUUUGUGCAGCUUUCUCCACGAGAAGACAUUUGUCAGGAAAAGACACAGAAGCACCCAUCACCGUACGCUGUACGAAACCGAAACAUCAACCUGCAGGAAGUUACUGCAUUUACCCCCGGCUCCACCUCAGGGAUCUUUCUUUCUUUUUUAAUCUGAGUUUCUCAUGCUGCAGGACUCGAGUUACUCACCACAUGCAGAGCUCCCCCACCCCUGGAGAACCAGGUCCACUGCUCAGAUCCAGCAGGUUCCAAUUUCCAUUUCAUAAAUGGAGAGUUUAAAGGAUUUUCAAAAAAAAAAAAAAAAAAAAAAAAAACACAGGAUGGGCAGAAGUCAAACAUUAGCAAGAUAGAGCCCAGCUAGCAUGAAAGCUGUUCAAAAUACACAAGUUGCCAUUUAUUGUUCGUGCCCAUGGGGCAGUGAUGCUGUAAUUUUGCUGGCCUCCCAGCAACAGAAGAACCGAUGAAACCAUUUCAAGUCCGCAGUGCGUACAUCUCUUCACGAGCACGCUUACUGGGAGAAGGGCCCAGUUUUCAGAUCACGUGCCCAAUUUGGGCUUCGUGCUAGCUGAAAGGAAGCCUUCGCCCUUGGGAAAGACGCUGCCUAACGCAGUUCAGGAUAUUGCAGCUGGCCUUGGGAGGUACAGACGCCACAGCACCCAAACCGAGCUUAUUUCAGUGAGUGGGUUUAAGUUCAAGCCGCACAAGGAGUUAAGCGGGAUGGCAGUUGGUGUUUGUCCUCUGCUACCCUCCUGAAGGAGUCUUUACAUUCUCCCAACUAUGGGUACAAGCGCAGCAUCUAAAGGAAGUUUUUAAUAUUUCUGCUGAGGCUGUCCUGCCCUUCCCAGAACAGCACCAAGAGCAAAAAAUACUGAAAACAGAAACCAAAGUGCAACUGCACUUCUUUCCACCGA